AUGACCACCCCACAUUCCUGGACCCCCACCUACUCAUCCCACCUCCCAACCGCUCCUCCCCCCACUAACCCACCCUCUCGCCUACCCCACGCCCAUCACAUGUGUCCCCGGCAACCCCCUCGGCGCCACCUUGACCCCGCCACCGCACACCGUCGACACCCCGCCAAACUCGACAACGCACGCCCCCAACACCCCAGACCCGAACCACCACCCCCGACACCUCCCGACGGAGCCCGCCGCACCCGCGCUCACCCCGCCACGCACAUCCCCACGCCCCACCCUAUUCACCACCCGCCGAUGUCCUCCGGCACAUCCACGCUUCGCGCUCGGCCCGCAGCCCCCAUCCGGACCCGAGCUCCCGACUAA